GACAGAUAUACAUAACCUAACUUCACCAUGAUAAUGUAGUGUCUAUAAUGCUCUCUUACCCAGGCAAAGCGAACCAAUGAAAAUCUAUUUACAUAAUGGUUUUUCCACAGUCAAUUAUUUACCAUGGGAUUUAGUAAUAAAUACGUCGAUAAGCAAUCAAUUAAAAAUAUAAUAUUGCAUAAAACAUGUAGGUACGCGUGUAACUUGGUAAAAUUUCAAGGUGGUUUUAAAAUAGUAUAUUUAACAUUGUGCCGCUUGAAGCAACAGCAUCAUGAGUUUUUAAAAACAACUACACGCUACUGUCGAUUUCUAUGGCCUAAUGUAUAUAAAAACAUGAGAUUUGUUUACCAAGUUUAAUAUAAAUAAAAAAAGGCACGAUGGUGCAAGUCCUCGAGAUUCAAACAACUAAGUUGUCCCUUGAAAAAAGUAACGUCAUAGUUGAUUGGAUCGAUCAUACCGAUCCGUCGAUGACAUACGCUGAUUUUUUUUCGAAAUAUUUAAUUCCGAAUAAGCCGUGUUUAUUUAAUUCCAAAGUGACGGAGAAUUGGUCGUGCAGAAGACAAUGGAGCUUGGACGACGCACCAGAUUUUGAUGCUCUUGAUAUAUUGUUUGGAAACGAAGCAGUCCCAGUCGCGGAUUGCAAUAAGAAGUAUUACAAUUCACAAUCUAAGGAUGACAUGAUAAUGAGAGAUUAUUUAAAUUAUUGGAUGGACUACAACCAGCUGAAAAGCAGUUUCUCGGAUACUAAGUCACUUUUGUAUUUAAAGGAUUGGCAUUGUCCUAAAUUAUUUCCUAAUGCUCCUAUGUAUAAUGUUCCCCAAUAUUUUGCGUCUGAUUGGUUAAAUGAAUAUUACAUUGCAAAUCCUGACUUAGACGACGACUAUAGGUUCGUGUAUAUGGGACCAAGUGGGACAUGGACACCGUUGCAUGCAGAUGUAUUUGGAUCGUACAGUUGGUCUGCGAAUGUAAUUGGAAAGAAACGUUGGUUACUCUUUCCUCCCCAUCAAGAGGACUUUUUACGCGAUAUUAAUGGCCAGUUAAUAUACGACGCAACAUCCGAUGAACUUAAUGACUAUAAAAAGUACAAAGCUUACGAUAAACGUACAUUGAGAUACAUUGAUGUAAUUCAGCAAGCUGGAGAGAUUAUAUUCAUACCUUCCGGAUGGCACCACCAAGUUUGGAAUUUGGAAGAUACAAUUUCAAUUAAUCAUAAUUGGAUUAAUGGAUGCAAUAUUAUGGACGUGUGGCGUGGACUGAAGAAAGAAUUGUGUUCUGUAAUGAAAGAAGUAUCUGAUUGUAAAGAUAUGAAUAAUUGGGUGGAACAAUGCCAACUGAUAUUAAGAUCAACAUUUGGAAUGGAUUAUCAUCUGUUUCUUGAUUUCAUAAUAUUCAUAGCUACACAGCGGUUAAACAUGAUUUUGAAUAAGGAGAAGGUGAUUAGUUUCAAGAAAUACGAAUUCGGAACGAAUCAUUGUAUAUUUGAUCUCGAUGCGAUAAGAUUGGUACUUAUAGAUUUCAUUAAUGACACAGAAGAAAAAUCUAUUUACGAGUUAGUUUGCGAAAGGAAACAAGCUCAUACGUUGUUGAAUAAAAUAGUGAAAUUACUGACUUCGUACAAUCUCGAAUCUUUAUGCGAAACGCAAACGAAUGGCAAAGUUUAAAAUAAAACCUAAUAAAUUUUGUAUAGUUGAAAGAUUAAUUGAAAAAUGCAUUUUUUUACAGUUUAAUAAUAUAAUAGUAUAAAUUAUAUUAGGUGAAAUUUGAGUAUAUAUAUAUAUAUUUAAUUACAACAACAAAAAGGAGUUUCUUUUUUUUAUUACAUUUACGACAUUGUAGCUGUUUUCAUAUUUCAGUAAAAACAUUGUUGUAACAUUAACAGUGCAUAAUAUCUAUUUAACAACAAAUCGAAUUAUUUACUUAAUAUAAAUACUUGUAAAUAUAUAUAUAUAUAUAUUUAUUCAUACUGUAAAUAUUGUAUAUAACGCAAUGUAAAAAGGACAAUAAAAUACAGAAAGUGAAUUUAUUCUGAUUAUAAACAAAAAGGUCUUGUAUAUUAGAGUAUUUUAGGUCAUAUUAAAUGGAAUACCUUUGAAAUCUAAAUAAUAAGAGAACGUACACUGCUAUUACAUUACCAUGAAACAUAAGCAAAGGAAGUUUAUUAUGCUAAGCUUACUGAUUUAGAGCUCUGUAAAUAUGCGAUUCAUUUUUGUAUCACAAAAUGCCCUCGAUGAUUGAUACAAAUGUAAAAUUAUAAUGUGACACUCUUAAGACAGGACGCAUGAUCUCUAAAUUUUCGUAUCAAUUGGAAAUAAAGAAUCCUCUGUUAUAAAUAAUUUUGAAAUAUCAUUCUGCAACAGUGAUAGUUUUUUCCCUAUG